UGGAGCUGCAGUGAGAGGAGUAUGGAGAUAAACUCAGACUCGCGCUGCAGCAACUCGGAUUAACUCUACACAACUCUACACAACUUUACACAACUUUACACAACUUCUGCUGGGCUGGAGCUGUGUGUGUUAUACUGGGUUAUACUGGGCGGCUGAUGGGAGAGAGGGGAGAUGAUGUCGCGGGACUGCAGCGCGCGGAGCCUGGAGCUCACCGACCUCUCAUCACUCCGGGAUCCAGCUGGGAUAUUCGAGCUGGUGGAGGUGGUCGGGAAUGGAACGUAUGGGCAGGUGUAUAAGGGUCGACAUGUGAAAACCGGACAGCUGGCGGCGAUCAAGGUCAUGGACGUGACAGAGGAGGAGGAGGAUGAGAUAAAGCUGGAGAUAAACAUGCUGAAGAUUCACUCUCAUCACAGGAACAUCGCUACGUAUUACGGGGCGUUUGUGAAGAAGAGUCCUGCAGGUCAGGACGAUCAGCUCUGGCUGGUGAUGGAGUACUGUGGUGCGGGUUCGGUUACUGAUCUGGUGAAGAAGUCUAAAGGAAACUGUCUGAAGGAGGACUGGAUCUCCUACAUCUGCAGAGAAGUUCUGAGAGGUCUGUCUCAUCUGCACUCGCACCACGUCAUCCACCGAGACAUUAAAGGACAGAACGUCCUGCUGACAGAGAACGCCGAGGUUAAACUGGUGGAUUUCGGGGUGAGCGCUCAGCUGGACCGGACCGUGGGCCGGAGGAACACGUUUAUCGGGACUCCGUAUUGGAUGGCUCCGGAGGUGAUCGCCUGUGACGAGAAUCCAGAAGCUACGUAUGAUUACAGAAGUGAUAUUUGGUCUCUGGGGAUCACGGCUCUGGAGAUGGCGGAGGGAGCGCCACCUCUGUGUGAUAUGCAUCCAAUGAGAGCUCUGUUCCUGAUCCCACGCAACCCGCCCCCAAAACUCAAAUCCAGGAAAUGGUGUAAGAAGUUGGUGCGGUUUGUGGAGAGCUGUUUGGUGAAGAAUUACCUGCAGCGGCCGGACACCGAGAGACUGUUGCUCCACCCCUUUAUUAAAGACCUGAACGAACGAAACGCCCGAAUCCUGCUGAAGGAUCACCUCGACCGAACCCGGAAAAAGAGAGGAGAGAAAGAGGAGACAGAGUAUGAGUACAGUGGGAGUGAGGAUGAGGAAGAUGAAGUGAAUGAAGAUGCAGGAGAACACAGUUCUCUGGUGAAGGUACCGGGGGAGUGGACUCUGAGGCGGGAGUUUCUGAAGCUGCAGCAGGAGAAUAAAUCUCAGUCUGAAUCUCAGAAACCCGUUCAGAUCCUCCAGAACCAGAACCAGGAGCUUCAGCAGAGGAGCGUCCAGAUCCACAACCAGCAGAGGAGGAUCCUGCAGCACCAGCAGCAGGAAAGACAGGUACAGUCGUUCCAGUGGGCGGAGCUUCAGGAGCUGUUAUGGCAGGAUGAGGCGGAGCUAAGUGACAGAUGUGUAGGAGAGGAGAACUCAAAAUACAACGUUAAUAAACGGCUGGAGGAGUCCGGAAGAACCAGACCCUCAGAUCAUCAUCCUCACCAGGUAAAGUCAAGACAGUCGAGACAGCCGGCACAGCCGCUGCCACCGGCCCGGAAGAUCCACCGCACGCUUCCUAAAGACCAGGCACAGCUGCUGUCACUACAGCACGACCACCGGCACCGGCCCCGCCACGCCCAUCCCCCUGCUAAUGCCACGCCCAGCCGCCCCGCCAGCAGCCAGUGUAAAGUGAUUCAGAUGGAGGAAAGAAUGAAAGCUCUGAAGAAUCGAUACGAGAAUCUGAACAGAAUCCAGUCCGAGUUUUCCCUCCAGCUCCGCUCCAGACUGAGCUCAGGAAGCAGCUCCAGUCCGUGCACUCCGGCCCUGCAGAGAGCCGCUCUACAGAAUGCUAAUCUGUGCUCGAGUCGGGAGAGUCAGCUCAGUAGUUCUCUGAGUGAUGUGAUCAGUCCGUCUCUCUCCCCCACGCUGGACGACGUCUUCUUCUCUUAUCCUGAUCAACAUCCUCCUAAGGUUCCAGAGAGAACAACCUCUAAAUGUUACUACAGAGAUCAGUCCAGCUGCAGCAGAUCUCCACAUGGAGGAGUGCAGUCUGUGGUGGAGAGGAGAUUCCCAGCGUCUCACAGCAGCAGCAGCAGUGUGGAGUCGGGUUAUUAUCGGUGUGAGAGCGCGUCUCAGCGCAGUGAUAUUCCACAGAGUAAAAAAUACCCGAACCCGAGUUCAGGAGCAGCGUUACAGUACAGCCAGGAUUAUAAUCUGAGCUCGAGGCAGAAGGUUGAUUUUGGUCCUCAGUGCAGGAAAGCUGUGGAUUAUUCCUCCUCCAGUGAUGAAGUCGGCAGCAGUGAUGAAGAGGAGAAGAACAGGUCUCCACUUAAUCAUGAAAAAAACAGAUUUUAUAUGAAAUCUCCUGAAAAUAUAGUUCUACAGCCUCACAGCCCACUGCAGGCGGAGGAACGGAACAGAAACAUUAGAUUACAGGAUGAAGAUCAUCAUCAUCAUCAUCAUCAUCAUCUCCCCGACAUCCUGCACAAGAGUCCCCUUCACCAGCCCCCCCACCUGCACCACCACGACCUCAUCUACCCCCAGAGCCCCCCCGCCUGGAGCCCCGGCACUGAGAAGGUCAGUAACAGUGAGCCGAUGAAGAGCGUCUCCUCCUCCUCCUCCUCCUUCACUCAGUUUAUAGACCCUCGUCUGCUGCAGCUCUCCCCCCCGCUCAGUCCACUCAGUCCUCAGAGUCCUCAGGACAGCACUGCCGAUAAUCAGAAGUCGGAGGUGUGUAAGAGGGCGAAUCACAGGAAAGGAUCGGUGGUAAACGUAAAUCCCUCCAACAGCCGUCCUCAGAGCGACACGCCGGAGAUCCGCAAAUACAAGAAGAAGUUUAACACGGAGGUUCUGUGCGCCAGCCUGUGGGGAGUGAAUCUGCUGGUGGGGACGGAGAGUGGGCUGUGGUUGCUGGAUCGCAGUGGGCAGGGUAAAGUUUACUCUCUGAUCAGCCGAAGACGCUUCCAGCAGAUGGACGUACUGGAGGGACUCAAUGUCCUCAUCACCAUCUCAGGUAAGAAGAAUAAGCUGAGGCUGUAUUAUCUGUCGUGGUUGAGGAAUAAGAUAUUGAGGAAUGAUCGGGAGGUGGAGAAGAGGCAGGGCUGGGCGUCGGUGGGGGAGAUGGAGGGGUGUGUUCACUAUAAAGUGGUUCGAUAUGAGAAGAUAAAGUUCCUGGUGAUCGCUCUGAAGAACGCAGUGGAGGUUUACGCCUGGGCUCCUAAACCCUACCACAAGUUCAUGGCCUUUAAAUCGUUUCCGGCGCUGCAGCAGAAGCCGCUGUUUGUUGAUCUGACGGUGGAGGACGGACAGAGGUUAAAGGUCAUCUAUGGGUCGGCGUCCGGAUUCCAUGCGAUCGAUGUGGAUUCAGGAACCCCGUAUGAUCUGUACCUGCCCACCCACAUCCAGGGUGUGAUUCGUCCUCACGCGGUGAUUAUCCUGCCGGGCAGCAGUGGGAUGGAGCUGCUGGUUUGUUAUGAGGAUGAGGGAAUCUUCAUCGACACCUUCGGCCGAAUCACCAAGGAGACGGUGCUGCAGUGGGGAGAGAUGCCCGCCUCGGUCGCGUAUCUUCAGUCGAAUCAGGUGAUGGGUUGGGGAGAGAAGGCGAUUGAGCUGAGAUCAGCGGAGAGCGGGAGUUUAGACGGAGUCUUUAUGCACAAAAAAGCUCAGAAACUCAAAUUCCUCUGCGAGAGAAACGAUAAGGUCUUUUUUGCGUCUGUCCAAUCAGGAGGCAGCAGUCAGAUCUAUUUCAUGACGCUGGGACAGAACUCGCUCUUUCAGUGGUGAUUUACUGUACGGUGAUUUACUGAUUGGGGAUUUACUGUACGGUGAUUUACUGUACGGUGAUUUACUGUACGGUGAUUUACUGAUUGGGGAUUUACUGUACGGUGAUUUACUGUACGGUGAUUUACUGUACGGUGAUUUACUGUACGGUGAUUUACUGUACGGUGAUUUACUGAUUGGGGAUUUACUGUACGGUGAUUUACUGUACGGUGAUUUACUGUACGGUGAUUUACUGUACGGUGAUUUGCUGUACGGUGAUUUACUGUACGGUGAUUUACUGAUUGGGGAUUUACUGUACGGUGAUUUACUGUACGGUGAUUUACUGUACGGUGAUUUACUGUACGGUGAUUUACUGUACGGUGAUUUACUGUACGGUGAUUUGCCGGACUGUGAUUUGCCUAAUGGUGAUUCACUGGUCGGUGAUUUUCCAGACAGUGAUUUGACAGACUGUGAUUCGCUGGUCAGUGAUUGGCUGGGCGGUGAUUUGACAGACUGUGAUUUGUUGGAGAGAACUUUGCUCAGGGUCGAAUGCAAUAAAACUGAUCCGGUAGAAUUAGGAAUCAGAAUGAAGUAUCA